AUGUACCCAGAAUUUGUGAAUGAUAAGCCUCCAGUAGUUACUCUUGCUGAGUACGAUGGUGCCUCUUGGGCCUCUACUACCUGUUUGGAUUUCAGAAACAACCAGUAUGUAGUCGUGAUAAUGGAAGAGCCAGAAAAGGUUGUGGCAGUCAUUGAUUCUAAGGAUUAUGCUGUGUUGAACAGAAUUUUUCAAAGUGCACAUGCUCAGCAUGCUGAACAGCUGAAGUAA